GAGGCAGCACCAGAUAGCCAGUUACUUUUUCAUUCAGCUCCUCAUUUGCAAAAAAGAAUAGUACUUUCCCUUCAGGGUCAUUGAAGGGUCUAACUGAAAUGAUAUGCAGCAGAAUAGUUCUCAGACUUGAGCACGCAGUAGAAUCAUCUACAGAGUUAAAACUCAGAGUUGAGACCCUGCUGCCUCCGGUGUCCGAUUCACUGGGCCUGGUGUGGGUAUGAGAGCUUGCGGUGUGUACGCGUGUGUAUGUGUGUUUCUCCUUUUACACUGCACUGCUGACCAGCUGCUGAGUGGUGUUGCAGUUGCUGGUCAGACUUUGAGACCACGGGAGUCCGGGGAGCAGCUGUCUCAGCACUCAAGAGGGUUCUGACACUGGGAGGUGGAGUCAGAGGCAAGAGAGUCCGCUAGAGACAAGGGCAGGGGAAAGGGAAAGAGGAGAGUGGGGAAAAGGAACAUCUUGGGAUGAAGCCAGCAUCCACGCAGAGUGGACUUUAUGAGUAUAAAGUCUUUGGUAUUUUAAAGGACUGCUCACCAGCUCUACUCGCAGAUGUCUACAUGGAUUUAGACUACAGAAAACAGUGGGAUCAGUAUGUUAAAGAAAUCUAUGAAAAAGAAUGCAAUGGAGAGACCGUGACGUACUGGGAAAUGAAGUACCCCUUCCCCAUGUCCAACAGAGAUUAUGUCUACAUCCGGCAGCGGCGAGACCUGAAUGUAGAAGGGCGGAAGAUCCACGUGGUCCUGGCCCAGAGCAUCUCCCUGCCUCAGUUUCCUGAGAAGUCUGGUGUGAUCCGAGUAAAUCAGUACAAGCAGAGCCUGGGGAUUGAGAGCGAUGGCAAGGAGGGGAGCAAAGUUUUCAUGUAUCACUUCGAUAACCCGGGUGGCCAAAUUCCGUCCUGGCUCAUUAACUGGGCCACCAAGGUGAGAUCUCGGGGCAGGAGAGGGGGAAGGGUAUUCAAAAAUGUUGACUUAGCCCGGCGAGGCUGUCAGGCUGAAGAGACACAUUGUCCCAGGUGUAAUGAGGCUCUUUUAUGAAGAGCUUGGUUGAGUGACUCGGAUUAGGCCUGGAGUUGCCAACACCCAGGAUGGAGACAAGGAUAAAAGACAAAGAAUUGUUAAGUUGGAAUGCCAGCCCCUCCCUGCUGGGGGCCCCAGACCCAGCCAGGAUCACUCGCUGGCACCUCUGGACCAUAGGCUACUCCCUACAGGAAUAAUUGUGCUUUUGGACCUGGUAUGUGCUUAUGAAAGAGGAAGACAGACCUGGCUGGGGGACGGCCAGACCUAGCAACAACUAGAUGUGCCCAGGCCCGAUAAAGUCCUCAGUUUCGUUGUUCCUUUCUUUUCUUUUUUUUUCUGUAAGGGAAAGAAACUGCAAGGGUGGCCCAGGCCACCAGAGACCAUGUAGGACCCUGGCAUUAUGGGGACCAUUCACCUGAUUUUGUACAGGUUCAAGAGAGAGCAAAUGUGCUCAUCAACUUUGAAGUUGAAACGAUGUGAUUUUGAAUCCUGGCUCUGCUAUAUUGGCUGUGUUUUAUUUAUUUACAGAAAGUAUGAAUUUCUCCUUUAAAAAAACUAGAGAUAGAAGUUUUGUCCUCCAUCGAGAAGUGUAUAAAAGUCUUGUGCUUGGAUCAACACUAUUAAAUAAUAAUACAUCUUACCAUCUGACCUCAAAUCCUUACUUUUUUCCAAUGCUAGAAAGCAAGUCCUUCCUGUUCCUUCUUUGGAAGAUCCAACAACCCAGCCAGAUCACACUUUCUGUGCGUUCUUUUCUUUUGAAGAAACACUGUCUCACAGAGUGGUCUGUUUUAUUGGUGAAAGCUGAAAUGGCAGGCAGUUCCUUGCAGCAACAGCUUCUGAUGUCUAGACUUGCCUGUGCCCAAAUCUUGGCUUUCAUCAUUACCUGUGACAACAUCCUGUUGAAAUUGCAAUCCGCUCAGGGACCCUACUGUCUUUUUGUGCCCAAAGCCAUCUUUCUCUACCUUUUGCUCACCCCAAAGAAUUAGGAGUGACCGCUAGGAGGAUAUAAAAAUGACAGUUUCUUUUCCUUUGCAGAAUGGCCUUCCAAACUUCCUGAAAGAUAUGGUGAAAGCCUGUCAGAACUACCUCAACAAAACCUAAGAAGGACGGCUGGUGUAGUGGGACAUGCCUGUAAUCCCAGCAUCCUGGGAGGCUGAGGCAGGAGAAUUACAAGUUUGAGCCCAACCUGGGUAAUUUAGCAACUUGGUGAGACCCUGUCUCAAAAUACAGAGUGCUGGGGAUAUAGCUCAGUGCCAAGGCAGUGGGUUCAAUCCCCAGCACCACAGAAAAGACAAAAACAAAAAAACCUAAGAAAGAGAACUGGGACCCAUGCACCCACGGAAUGACAUUUCUGGAAGUGCCACAAUCCAGAGUGCUCAGCCUUCUUUCACACUUCCCUCUCCAGAGGCCUGCACGCCCUACAGCACGUAUCCCAAAGCCUGCUUGCCUGGAGCCUGGCUCUCCCACUUCCUUUCCCGCUCUCCCUGCCCCACUGUCAGCUGUCUCCUUCCACUAUUGAAUAAGAAGCAAAUUAAGGAAAUCUUCGCUUGUUUAUUUUUAAAAGGGAAGUCCUCAAUAGGAAACACAAGCAUUCCCUUGUGCCAUUUCAGGGGGACGGUGGGUGGAGGAAUGACAGCGGCUUGUAAGAGGGACCAUUCUUGGUGAGCUGGCUCCUUCCCAGAAUGUGCUUUCUUGCAAGCCAGAGCACUGAAGCCAGAACUGACCCUCGGGGUCCCAAACUGGAGACACGUGCUGGGUUGCCCUCCGCUUUAUUGACUUGAUUAGGUUGGGAUUUGAGGUGUUAACCCAGUAUGUUUUCCCUUGUUAUGAUAUUGGACCAUUUUGAGAAGCAUCGAAGUCCCAACUGAGCACAUGAUGUGGUAACCAUUAUUUCCUCAUCAUCUAUAUCUGGAAUUUUCUCUUUCCCGUAUGCCAGUAGGGAAAGGCCGCCUGUACCUCUGGCUCUGCAUUUUACUGGAAAGUGAGGUGCGGACAGUCAGCAAAAGCGAAGAUACUUCCUGCACACCCCUGUGAUGAAGUGUCUUUCUAUGCAACAAGAUGAAUUUCCCUUCCAGAAUGUUUGGAGAUGUUGAAGGGAUGAUAAUAAUUCACAGCCAGGUAACAUUUAAUUAGUGGCUUGAUUGACUCUACACCUUUUUUCUCAGGAAUCCUACCCACACCGUCUGCUUUUGCCUGAAUUUUGGUAGGGUCAGAUGGUCUGUAGCCCAAUGCAUAGUUUACUGAUCUCAGGGAAAUUUUUAAGUCACUGCUUCUGAUUAAUGGACACAAAGUCAGAAGAAAGGGUUUGUUAAAAUGUGAUUCUUCGAACUGUGUUUUCUCUCUGGGAAGAAAAGCAUGUUCCAUGAUGAAUAAACACGGAGUGACUUACACUUA